UUGCUUGUUAGUAAGUCGAUUAAUCUAAAAGUUUUUAAGGAGAAGCAAGCACACAACUAAUGGAGCCGAGGCAACGAUUACUUAAUUCGUUGCUUCUUUCUCCAUCAAGUUGGCAUGUGCUGUAAAUAACUGGGUUCCGCAACUUGCAGCCACGUUCCUUUAACGGCGCGUGGUCACCGUCGUACCCUCCCCCAACUUUUUGUGUUCUGAUUAGAUUUAAUCACUCCGAUUAUUGACAUGUUCGGUUUAGGGAUGGUAGAGGGAUGUGGAAUUCCAUGGCUGAUUUGGAUUCAAUUCUUAGUUUCUUUUCUUCUCCUUUUCGUUCUAUUUUGCUUCACUCUAGAUCACACCGAUGAUGAGGAUGGCGGUGCCACCGCCGCGCCGGCCACCGCUUCUACUUCUAUCACUAGGUUCCAUGUCCAUGAUAUUCACCAGAUUCAAAACGACAAGCAGGUCGCCGAGGACGAUGAAACGUCCACCGUCGUAGUUACCUCCAAUCUACGCCAUACACAGCAGGGCGGAGAGAACCUAGAUAUAAAGGAUGACAUUGUAUCAUGUUCAAGCUUGAAAAGCGAAGAAGAAAGUACAGAUGACAAUGAGGAUUCAUCAUCACCUGAAUUAUUUUUACACCCUUGUCAGUAUUUCCAGUUAGCCACAGUAGCUUUUCUCAAAUGUUUCGGCCUAGAUUCUACGCCUGACCCUUCUUCAACCUGUAGGCGUAGGAAAAGAAAAGAAAGUUGAUAAUGAAAAUUAUGCUCCGUUAAUUCAGUUA